AUGGCGGAGAUUACGACACUGGUGGCGGCCAUCUAUCGCGGCUACACGACGGCCGUCGAGCCCAGGUCUGAGCAACUGGGUCCGGUCAUCACGUCGAGAUUCGAGCUCUUUUACGACGAGGGAAAGCAGCAUAUGAAGGAGCACGACUGCUGGGUCAGGUUUCGCAAGCAGGAGUGA